AUCAGCUGUGCCCGACUGCCAGUCCGCUCAAAUAAUCUCCUGGGAAACGCACCAUUCCCGUCUAAACACAAAAAAAUCGCCGAAAUCACUGAACAUCAAUGAAGCUCCCACCAAACUGCCAUUGAGAUCAUGUGUGUGAUAGAAAUAAACUCGGUUUGUGGGUGAAAAGUUCAGUUGUACGUACGAUGGCGCCGUGAACAUCGCGUCGGUCAUGGCGCGCCCGCAAUGGACGCUAGCUCUAAUUUUAAUCUGCAUACCUAUCCUAGCAACAGUGAUCACCGCAUUCCGAGUACGCGAUUUACCUAAAGCAACCCACGAAACGCUGCGAAACGAACUAAAGAAACAAAAAUGUGACGAUUGUGAUGUGAAUGAGCUCAAGGUCGGUCAGAAACUGCAUAGUGUAAAAAUCGAAAGUGCAAAGCGUUAUGAGGACUUGAAGAAAGUUACGAGGGAAAAAAUACAAGCGGACAGUCGUAAAGAAGUGAAAUCAAGUUUUAAAUUAAAACAUGUUAGUGAAGUGGAUGAUGAUGACGACGACGAUGAUGAUGGUGUGGAUUUUAUAAAAGACUCUGGUUUGAAACAUCAAGACCAAGUAAGCAAAAGCAGUAAGCAUACACAAGGAUUAAAAUUAGAGGUAAAAACCAAGAAAACAAUACCACUCAAAGAUGAUGAUGAUGAUGACGACGAUGACGAUGAAGAUGAUGAUAACGACGACGACGAAGAUGAUGAUGACGAUAAGGUCAGUCCUGUGAAGAAAGCAAAAAGCACAAAAGAGAGCAAACCCGUCACUAAACCAAAAACAAAUGAGAAACCAAAAGCAAAACCCACCUUCAAACUUAAAAUCGGUGACGACGAUGAUGAUGAUGAUGACGACGACGACGACGAUGAUGAUGAUGACGACGAUGAUGAUGACAAAGAAGUUAAAAAGGUGGCACCAAAAGUAACAUCAAAGAAGUCAGUUGAAAGUGAUUCAAAACCUGCAACAACAAAGAAAGGAGACAAAACUGAGGCUAAGCCUAAGGAAUCUUCUGGUGAUGAUCACAAAGCCAAAGAAAAAUCAACAGAAGCUAAAACAAAGAAAAAGUCUGAUGAAUCAGUUGAGGAAAAACCUCAUGUAAAAGAAUCUAGUUCGGUAAAAAAAGAAAUAAAAGUGGAGGUUAAGAAAAAAGAAGAUCACCAAGAUGUGAAAAAACCUCCGAAGGAAAGUAAACCUGAUACAACAUCUGCACCUAAGAAAGAAGAAAAGAAAGAAUCAAAAGAUCCCAAAGUAGAAGUAAAGAAAAGUGAACCAGCUAAAAAAGAGGAAGUGAAACCAAAACAACACGAACAAAAAGAAACAAAAACUGAAAAAGAAGAUGCAAAGAAAACUGAAAAGAAGCCAGUGCCUGAAUCAGUGAAAAAGGACGAAAAGGUUACAAAACCGAAAAUCAAAGAAGAUAAGCCAGAAGAACAUAAAAAGCACUCUGAAAAAGAUAUAAAAAAGGACAAAUCAUCGAAGGAAUCGGCAAGUAGUCGCGAGGCGUCACCAAAAAGUGAAAGUCAUUUGAAACAUGUGACGGAUGCUUUGUAUCGCAGGAAUAUGUUGCUCAGUGAAUUUGAGGACUUUUAUGCAUUCUUCCCAACUUUUGCCCCGAAUUUUUCGCGAAUUCAUAACCCAGAGUGUAGACGUCACGGACAAAUCGUCCUGAGGCAGUUGCGCGGAACGAAGUUAUGGGCCUUCAGCAUGUUGGACGCUACUGCGAAGAUUCCCUCAGGGAUACUCCAAGGCAAUGGCAUUCAGCUCGGGGACUUCGAUCAGUGCUUGUCAAGCCGCGCGAGGGUUCAGUUGGAGUCAGGAAGUGUGGUGAAGGUUCAGGGGAAGUAUUGCCUGGCGAGGCUAGACCUAAAGGCAGAUCAUCCAGACCUGGAGCUCCCGGUGCAUCUGGCGCAAGCCAAGAACCUGAUCAAGAGCAGGAUCGAUGAUCCAGGUCACUUCGUGCCGCGUUUUUCGACGCUAAGCUGGGGCGUGUGCGUGCCGACCGCUUGCGAGCCACAGGAUGUGGAGGUGGUCAUCAAGGAUGCCCUCAAGCACUAUCAGCAUACCAGCGGCUUGGUGGUGCGAGUCAAGGUGGAUCCAAACGACUGCCAGGAGUACGAUGGAGCCGAGUGGUGGGAGGACUGGUUGGAACUGCCCACGAUUUUGACAUUAUCUUUCUAUGGCGUCAUCCUUCUUCUGGUAUUUGUGGCGACUAUGCAAGACUAUUUCUCUAGGAGAAAGUCAGAAGAAGAGCAGAAAGAUGGCGAAACAGACAAAGGGGACGGCGAGAAAGAGGCAGGUGAAGGAGAAGAUGCAGCUCCCCAAAAGACAAAAGAUGGCUUCCUAAGCUCUUUCUCGCUGUAUCAAACCAUCAACAAGCUGGUAGCUCCUGGCACGGACGAUGAGAUCACCUGCAUCCACGGAGUGCGCGGCUUGGCCACCCUGGCUCUGCUCUUCGCUCAUAAGUUCCUGCCAGUGGCCGUCAUGCCUUAUACGAACAGGCUGAAGAUUACUGAGACAGUAUCCACGCCGUGGUGGUCUUGGUGUCGAGCUGGCUGGGUGUUCACAGACUGCUUCCUACUUCUUAGCGGGGCGCUGAUGGCUCACAGGGCUUGUGGGGACAGCCAUAGCAGCACGCUUAGGAGACUGUUCUCGAGAUAUCUCAGGUUGACUCCAGCCCUGCUAGCCGUGGUCCUGUUCUACGCUUAUGUGUGGGACAACAUCUCCUCUGGCCCCAUGUGGGGGUCCCUCGUCACCAAGAACGUGGAAGUUUGCCAGGAAGGCUGGUGGUGGAACCUGCUGUACGUGCAGAACUACUUUGGAUUUGAGGAUAUGUGCGCACCACAAACCCAUCAGCUGGCUCUAGAUAUGCAGCUGACGAUCCUAGGCAGUGCUAUAGUAUGGGCCAUACAGUCAGAUAUUGUCGGAGCCAAGUUUGUCAUCCCAGGAAUCCACGUGCUUGCCGCUUACUCCCGGUACAGCACUGUCCAGGAACACAGGCUGACGAUGCUGGCUUAUCAUGGAGUUAGUGUCAGCCAGCUGUACCGAACUGCUCGCUUGAGUUACACAUCGACUCUACACCGGUCUACGCCCUACUUGAUUGGACUUAGCCUAGGGCUCGCUUUGAAGAAGCCUUCGAAGCAUGGGAAGAUAAUGCUGAUCCUCGGCUGGUUGACCAGCCUGAACCUCUGGGGUCUGGUGUGGUGGGCAGGACUAGACGCUGGAUCCACCACGUACCGGUACAACGUAACGUUUGCUGCCCAAUACGCGACUUUUGCACCCGUGGCCUCGGCCUUGGCUAUCGCCUGGAUUAUCUACAUCGUGCACAGUGGGCACUGUGAUUGGCUAUUGAACCUUCUCAGCAGUCGUUUCUUGGUGCUGACCAGCCGACUCUCGUACGCCCUCUACCUGUGCCAGUUCAUCGUCUUCCUCACAAACGCUGGCACAGUCAGAACUUCUACUGAAUUUACUCUUACAUCCUUGUUAAACGUACAAGAAAUCGUGGCAAUUCUUCUGUCGUCGAUAAUUUUAACGCUCACAUUCGUCAUUCCAAUGCAAUCAUUACACAAAGUUUUUACGUUUUCAACUAAAUCAGACAAAGAAAGUUCAGAAGUUUCAGAGGAAAAGACAGAAGAGAAAGAAGAACCACAGCAAAUCGAAGAAAAACCCGAGCCAGAGGUUAUAGAAGUUCCGCCAGUAAGAAGGCAACAUCUAGUAGCACAUAGAGAAGUACUGGAGGAAAUUCCCGAAGCAGAAGUGGAGUAUGAGAUUCAGAGAGAUAAAAAUGAUGGCUUAGAAGAAAUAUUAGAGGAAGAAGAAGGAAAUGAAGAGGAAGACGAAAGAACAUUAGACGAUGAUGAUUUGGAAAUCAUUGAGGAAGAACAGGACGGGGGAGAAGAUAUAUGGGAGGGAAGAGAGGAAUAUCCUCAAAGGAGGUUGUACAGACGAGAUGAUGAUGACCAGGACUUGGAUGAGUGGGAGUGGACUACUAACGGGCCUGGUCGAAGUGGAGCUCAAUACUACCGAUAUUCUAGAUAGCGUUGUUUACCUAAUAAAUUGAUACCCUUGC